AUGUUUCUCCCUCACCGAGCAACACUAGGUGCCAUGGCAUCAUCAACAAUAAGGGCGAUGCCGAGCAACUCAUCCAACGACAAGAGCUCUCCCCUUCCAACCACCAUCCCUUCCUUAUGUGUUUUCCAUUCCCUAACAUUUCAAUCUACCAGUUCAACCAGAAAGGGACGCGAAGAGUCAAACAUUCAAAGGAUGGUUCCAGCCUGGAAACUUCGAGCAGCCACCCCUAGACCCAUUAAGAAAGAAGGAGAGCCCCGUGCCACUGAUUCCCCAAAACUACAGAAAGAAGGUAAUUGGGCAAAUUUUGGGAGAGGAGCUGUGUGUGCACUACAGAUCAGGUGA